AUGAAAGGUCCUGAAGACACUGUUUCUCUGCAAAGACAAUUCAACCUUUUUGCUACCUGGUGCAGCAACAACUGCCUGGCGUUGAACCGCAGUAAAUGUUCUAUCAUAACAUUUUCGCGCAAACGGCAUCCAAUCCUCGCCGAUUAUUUCCUAUCGGACCAUUUAAUCGCUCGUGUGGACCACAUAAACGAUUUAGGUGUGGUUCUUGACCAGAAACUUUACUUCAAGACGCAUACGAACUACAUAGUUGAUAAAGCUUCCCGAUGUUUGGGCUUGAUAUUCCGCGUGACGAAGGAUUUUAGAGACGUGUACUGCCUGAAAAGCCUCUACUGCAGCUUAGUUCGCUCCAUUCUGGAGUACGCGUCGGCUGUUUGGAGCCCCUUCUAUCAGAAUGGCGCUGAUCGGAUCGAAGCUUUGCAAUGA